AUGCAUCAUCGCAUCGGGGCUGCGGCUCUGCUGCUGGCCGGCGCUGGCCUGACAAGCGCCGGACCAGCAAUCGCAGAGCUGUAUACUCCCAAACACGAACCGGGACGCUGUGCAUUCCGCGGCCACUGCGGCAAACAGAGCUUCUUCGGCAAAGAGCUGCCUUGCGUGGACAAUGAGCUUGCCCAGGACCCAGAUGAGCAGCUCCGCAAAGAGCUUGUCGACCUCUGCGGUCAGAAGUGGAAGACUGGCCCCGUGUGCUGCACCUUGGACCAGGUCCAAUCUCUCAAGUCCGAACUCGGUACCCCAAACACCCUCAUCGGAUCCUGCCCAGCGUGCAAAGAGAACUUCUUUAAUAUGUUUUGCACAUUUACCUGCUCUCCCGACCAGUCCUUAUUCAUCAACGUCACCGAUUCCGCAGCCAAGGGCGAUAAACACCUCGUCACCGAGCUCGACCAGUUGAUCUCGGAGGAGUAUGGCUCUGGCCUCUACGACAGCUGCAAGGAAGUCAAGUUUGGAGGAGCAAACAGCAGGGCGAUGGAUCUGAUUGGAGGCGGCGCCAAGAACUACACCGAGAUGCUCAAAUUCCUCGGCGACAAGAAGCCCUUGGUCGGCUCGCCGUUCCAGAUCAACUACCCAACCAAGUAUACCGAGCCGCAGAUGCACCCCAUCGACAUGAAGCCCAAAAAGUGCAAUGACGAGGAUCCCGACUAUCGCUGCGUUUGUGUGGAUUGCCCCGAAGUGUGCCCAGAGCUUCCGGAUGUCAAGAGCUCAAAGUCUUGCCAUGUUGGCAUCCUGCCAUGCCUCUCGUUUGCCUCCAUUUUUGUGUACGGCAUUCUUCUCCUUGCCCUGGCGACCUCAGUAUUCGGUCAUGUCGCGUGGAAGAAGUAUGCCCAGCGUCGUGUUGAGAGGACCCGAUUGCUGCACGAAUCUUCGCAUAGCGAUGACGAGGAUGAAGGUGGGCCGGUUCAGACGGAAGCCAUGCGCGACCGCCCUACUAAGCGUUACUGGCUCAAUGACAAAUGCGACAAGGCUUUCUAUCAACUCGGUCACGCAGCGGCUCGAUUCCCGGGGCUUUCCAUCGGCUUGAGUCUUCUCGUUGUUGCCGUCCUCAGCGCCGGAUGGUUCCGAUUCGACCUUGAGAUGGAGCCUGCACGGCUUUGGGUCAGCCCGUCUUCUUCGGCAGCUCAAGAAAAGGCCUACUUCGAUGCCAACUUUGGACCCUUCUAUCGUGCUGAAAAGAUCUUCUUGGUCAACGACACCGACCCUUCCGGACCUGGACCCGUUCUCAGCUACGAGACGCUUAAAUGGUGGAUGGAUGUCGAGAAGAGUAUUGAGAGGUUGGAAAGCCCGACGUAUGGCAAGUUCUUGAACGAUCUUUGCUUCAAGCCUGCCAACGAUGCCUGUGUCGUCCAGUCCAUCACGGGUUACUGGUACUCCAACGGAGGUCUUGACCCGAAGUCCUGGAAAGAGGAUUUGCGUGCAUGCGCAAAAAGCCCGGUGGACUGUCGACCUGCUUUUGGCCAACCUAUCGAUCCCGACAUGAUCCUAGGUGGCUACGAUGGCGAUGUGGCCGAUGCGCAAGCCCUAACGGUUACAUGGGUUGUUAACAAUGCCAAGGAAGGGACUGAUGCCCUCGCACGCGCCAUUGAUUGGGAGAAUGCCCUUCGUGACCGGCUUCUGGACGUCCAGGAGGAGGCCAAGAGCAGAGGCCUGCGUCUAUCCUUCAACACCGAAAUCAGUCUGGAGCAGGAGCUCAAUAAGUCGACGAACACGGACGCCAAGAUCAUCAUCAUCAGCUACCUCGUCAUGUUUCUCUACGCCUGCAUGGCACUUGGCACCCCCCUGAAGCACAUCUUCAGGAACCCUGCCGUGUUGCUCGUUGAGUCCAAGGUGACGCUAGGACUCGUCGGUAUCAUCAUCGUCCUCAUGUCGAUUGCUGCAUCUAUUGGCUUUUUUUCAUGGGUCGGCCUGAAGGCUACUCUCAUCAUCGUCGAGGUCAUUCCCUUCAUUGUCCUUGCCGUUGGUGUUGACAAUAUCUUCUUGAUCGUACACGAGCUUGAAAGAGUCAACGUCAGCUGCCCUGACCAGAUGGUUGAGGAACGUGUUGCUAGGGCUCUUGGUCGCAUGGGCCCCUCUAUCCUCUUCUCUGCCCUGACCGAAACUGUUGCGUUCGCCCUCGGCACUGCUGUUGGCAUGCCUGCAGUCCGCAACUUUGCCGCCUACGCUGCCGGCGCCGUUUUGGUUAACGCCGUUCUCCAGAUGACGAUGUUUGUUUCUUUCUUGUCACUUAAUCAGAUGCGAGUGGAGGAUCAUCGAUGCGAGCUGUGGCCAUGGUGGCAAAUCACUAAGGCAAGGAUCCAUCUCAAUGGCACUAAUGGCUAUGCAAACGGCGCAAGCCGAGGCUCUGACAUGGCAGAGGAGAGCUUGUUGCAGGUCUUCAUCAAGAACACUUACGCCCCAAGCCUUUUGGGAAAGAAGGUGAAGCUAGCUGUUGUCACCAUCUUCUUCGGAAUGUUCGCGGCUGCGCUGGCAUUAUUGCCAGAGAUCCAGCUCGGCCUUGACCAGCGAGUUGCGAUCCCGGAUGGCUCCUACCUGAUUCCCUAUUUCAAUGACCUGUACGAUUACUUGGAGAUUGGUCCGCCUGUAUACUUUGUCACGCGCGGAGCCGACAUCUCCAAGCGCGAGCAGCAGCAAGAAGUCUGUUCACGAUUCACUACAUGCCAAUCGCUUUCCCUCACCAACAGCCUCGAGCUUGAGAGGCAAAGGCCAGAGGUUUCGUUCAUUUCCUCUCCCACCGCGAGUUGGAUUGAUGACUUCUUUCUGUGGCUGAACCCGAUCUACGAAGAAUGCUGCGUGGAGCAUGGUUCAACAUGCUUUGCUGAUCGGGAUCCUGCUUGGAAUACAACCCUUUACGGAAUGCCAGAGAGCGAAGAGUUCCUCGAGUACCUCAAGAAAUUCCUUGCAAGCCCGACGGACGAUCGAUGCCCCCUAGGUGGCGAAGCUGCCUACGGUCAAGCUGUGGUUCUUGAGGAAGAUGGCCAGGCCGUGAGAGCCAGCCAUUUCAGAACUGCGCACACGCCUCUGAGAAGCCAGCAAGAUUUCAUCGACGCCUACUCCUCAGCCCGCCGCAUCGCUUCGGAGAUUGGCGAGAGGACUGGCGCUGAUGUUUUCCCCUACAGCGUCUUUUACAUCUUCUUCGACCAGUACCUGAGCAUUAUUCCCCUUACAGCCGGCCUCUUGUCCGCUGCAGUCGGCAUUAUUUUCGUCGUCGCAGCCCUACUUCUUGGCUCGGUGCUCACCUCUCUGGUCGUGUCCCUCACCGUGGUGAUGAGCGUCGUCGAUAUCAUGGGAGCGAUGGCGGUGUUCGACGUCUCUCUUAACGCCGUUUCCCUUGUCAAUCUCAUCAUCUGUGUCGGAAUCUCCGUCGAGUUCUGCGCCCACAUCGCUAGAGCGUUCAUGUUCCCGUCCCGCACUGUUAUGGAGGCUGGCAGCAAUGCCUUCCGCGGCCGUGAUGCCCGCGCUUGGACUGCCCUUGUCAAUGUUGGCGGCUCCGUCUUUUCCGGCAUCACAGUCACCAAGCUCCUGGGUGUCUGUGUUCUGGCAUUUACCCGCUCCAAGAUCUUCGAGAUUUACUACUUCCGUGUCUGGCUCUCCCUCGUCGUCUUCGCCGCUCUUCAUGCCUUGGUCUUCCUGCCAGUGGCCUUGAGCAUUGCUGGUGGCAAGGGAUACGUUGAUCCGGAGAGUGAGGGCACCGCGGCGCAGGAUCUGACAGACAGAAGGUGGCGAGCCAUCCGAGUCAACGAUCACAGCGACUCAGAAGACGAGUACUAG